GUGUGCCGGGACACGCAGUGUCCCCAGGACCAGGUGUGCGUCACCCAUGACGGGGCACACGUGUGUGCCAGGAGUGAAGGCCACUGUUGGGUCACGCCUGGAGCCACCCUGACCACCUUUGAUGGCAUCGCCGGGCCCCUGUUGGCCAGUGGCACCUACAAGGUGUCAGCCCUCUGCAAUGAGAAGGCAGCAGAUUGGUUCAAGGUGGUGAUGGAGGUCAGCAACUGUCGUGACACAAAUGUCCCCACGGCCACAGCUGCCAUCGUCUUCGUCCGUGAAGGCGUUGUCAGCGUCAACGGCAACAUGGAGGCGUGGGUCAAUGGCCUCUUCAACCAGCCCCCCACCACCACCUCUGACUCUGUCACUGUGACAUCGUCCCGUGGGAAUGUCACGAUCACCCACCGCUCUGGGAUGUCCGUCACCAUCACCCAGGACGGGGAGGCGACCAUCCCCGUGACCUCAGGCCUGGCCUCCCGUCUCUGUGCCUCCUGUGGGAAUUUCAACGGAAACCCCAGAGAUGACUUGAAGCUUCCGGACGGACGUGAUGCCCGGAGUGUUGGAGAAGUGGUGGACAUGUGGAAAUCCCAGGAUUUUGCUGGAUGGUGAGUGAUUCCUAAUUUGCUUUCCCCCAAAUCCAAGAAAAAUUUGUUUUUCCGCCCAGGUAUUUGGCAAUAAUGUCAGUGCAGGAGGGGCUGGGCAGAUCCUGGAAGGAAUUUUCCAGUUUCUUUGGUUUCAUCCGCAGCAACUGAAGCAGGAUCCUGUGGGAACGAUCUGGGUAAGCGACUGCUUUGCCAAAAAAUGAGCCAUCUUUCAUUAUAAGGGGCCUUUUUUUGCCCAGUUAUGAGACAUUUUUCUCAACAAUGAGCCAUUCUGCAUAGUAAAUACCAUUUUUUCCCCAAAAUUGGCCAUUUUCCCCAAAAUCAGGCCAUUACGCAUAAUGCUGACCCACUUUUGUGUAAAAAUGACCCAUUAUUUGUGUAUUAACAAUCCAUUUUGCUUAACACUUCCCCAUAUUUGCCCAAAACUGACCCAUUUCUGCCC